UGUCCUCCAUUAGCUUAUAGCUAAAAACAUAGACACUUAAAUAAAGUUUUUUUUUUCAUUCAUUCAUGCCAUCCACGUCGGCUGCAUUAGACCCGGUGCAAUUUUGAGUUCUGUAAAAUGAAAAAUUGAAGGUAACGACGAAGGUUUUCUCCUAACUAUAUUCAACCCAGCAUAACAUGUGCAUUGAAAUUCAGCUUUUCUCCUCAUAAGUCUUCCUUGACCGGUAGCUUCUUGAAAGAUCUCAUCUGGCAAAUCAGUGUAACUUUUAUUUGACCGAUGAUUUGCCAUUCAAACUUACCGUUUCCUCAAACUUUGAUUUUUUAGAUUACUUAUUUAAAAACUGAGAUUUGAGUGAAGAGACCAUUCAGAUCUGUAUGGAAUAAAAGAUGUAUUAACCUAGAGGCUUCAUUUAUCACAAUUCUAAGGAAGCUUCCAGUCCUCAAAAAAAGUAUUGUUGUUCAUGCUCGUCGUCCUCUUGGACGUAAUAAGCUUUAGGAAUUUGUGGGUGAAGCAACGGAUCAAAUCAGUGCACGUAAAAAAAUUAUUACGACUUUUUCGCAGUUCAUUCUCCGAACCUGUAUCAACGGUACAUUUUCAGGGAAGAAAUGGUGAGUACGACUGACACAUCAAUACAUAUUGUAACAUGCAGGGAAUGAGCGCGGUUUAAUUCAGUCGAGAAGAGCCUGAGGAGAGGCCGGAACCUUAUGCUACCAUGACGCGACGAGAAAAGAGUAAAACUUUUGCACUACUGUUUGUGUUAUUGAAUAAGAUUAAUUUAUAAGGACAUUCUCUAAAAAAACAACGGUUAAGAGCUUUAAUGAGCGCUAAAAUCCAUUUUCUGCCGGAACUUAAAAUCUGCAAAAAAUAGAGCAAACUUAUUGUUCUUUUGUCAACGGUUAUCGUCAUACAAUGACGAACUUUGUUUGCAUCUAUUUAUACAAUCGAUCACGCGCUAAGAUUGCAAAUACUUUACCUUAAGCUUUUCUUAAUCAAAGGAGGAAAACCCACACAAUAAAAGAUACUUUACUUUAACGCACGAUUUUUGAAAAGCAAGUUCGACGUACCAUAAGCAAAAUACCUUUCAACCUAUUCAUAAGGGUGUAAAAUUUACACUCUUACACGAUAAACCACCGAAAUGUGCUGCUUGCAAUUUCAAAUAAAAAAAAUUGUUCCCACUAGCCAUACGUUGGCGGAUGAAUUAAAGGCUUGAUGACGAAUGUUGAUUUAGACUGAAGAUAGUUUCCGAGGGAAUUACAACCAUUAAAAUUGUUCUUACAAUAUGUCUUUGGCCUCAACUAAACUGAUUUAAAUACCCUUUUGAAAAUUCCCGGCUGAGUUCUCAGACAGCUUUUAUGAUGCAAACGUUUUGAUGACAAGAUAAAACAAAAGAAUAUUGGAGAAAAGGAAGGCUAAUUAGAUACGUAAGGUCACCCUCCUUUUUCACACCAGGCCCUGUUUGUUCUUUACCUUUUCAUUACUGUCGAAUUUCUGCAAAAGGAUCAUAAAACUGGCGAACUCUCAUGGUUUGAAAGGCCUCGUUUGGGAGAAUUGCGGGAAGCGUCGUUGAAAACACACUCUCUAAUCACGUAUUCGUAGAAAAUGCAAAUUUUUUCUUUUCACCUUGGUUUCCCAGGCAGUGAGGCAUGGAAGUAUUAAUUUCUUGCAUAAUUAUUUUGGCGGACUAAAUAUAACUUGUGAAGAUGAACCGACAGGAAGAAUGGCGUAAAAUCAUUGUUUCUUAACGUUAUCCCAUGAAAAGUAAUGUGAGGGGCCUUUUCCUUUCAAGGUCACGCCACACGCUACAAUCCUCUUCGCGCGUUUAUUGCCUAUAUUUAGGUCAAUCUUCCUCAUCUCCAGACAUUAACGAUUAUUUUACCGCCUUUCUCAGCAAUCCAUCAUGAAUAUAGAGGACAAGGAACAAAAGAGAGAGGAACAGUCUCCUGUUCAAAAGCACAAGAAGACGACAGACAAAGUAGGGAAGAAAAAGAAUCCAAAACAGUCAGACCAAUUCAAGUGCUUUUACGAGGCAGACUACCUACUUUUCAAAGGAUUUUGUUUCUUCAUUUAUGCUGCGUAUGGUGGUUUUAUUCCUUACCUUCCAUUGUAUUUCAAACAGAUAUUUUUGGGUGCCAGUUACGCAGGGAUCAUUAUCGGUAUCCGGCCUCUUAUUCAGUGCAUUGGAGCGCCAUUCUGGGGAGUCAUAGCUGACAGAUAUCACGCGGGAAAAGUCAUAUUCUUGGGAAGUGUCAUUAUGUGGAUCGUGAAAGCUUUUCUUCUGCUUGCUGUGCGACCACACAAUCAACAAUGCAUUGAGUUAUACCAGAACAAAACAUCAAAUGCGAGUUAUGUGUAUGCUUACGAUCUUUGGACCACAGAGGCAGCUGAGGAACCAAAAUGGGUGGUUAUACCACUGCAUCAUCCAAUUAUGGUGGAGAAAAAUAGAAUUACUGUGGUCGAUACGGAAGCAAGUGCACAAGCAAUCAAGCAUGAAACUGACGAACUUCCCCAAGAAGUAUUACUAAAGAAUGUGCCUCUUAAACAGAGGAAACCCAAUAAGGAAAAUGCUUCCCGGCACCGUACGAAACAUAGAGCUAAACAGACAGCCAUUACAGUGAUAGAGAAAAGAAAUAGUAGGAAUACGUCAAAGCAUGAUCUUGUUCACGAUAUGGACAAAAAUACAAAUGUACCCUCCAUACUUGGAGAAAACCAAAUCGGUAAAAGGUUCCAACUGAAAUUUGUCCAUAUGGUCAAAGUUUACAAUGAGGAAUUAAACGCCCCAGUGGAAUUCAUCACACAAAUUGACACGUACGAAAUUGACUUCAUGUUUGUCAUGUUUACGUUGAUUAUAAUCAUUGGAGAAUUUUUUGAGUCUCCGACGUUUGCUUUGUCAGAUGCCUCUCUUCUCAAGAGACUCGGAAACGACAGAGAGUACUAUGGGCGGAUCAGGCUAUGGGGCUCACUGGGCUGGGCCCUGGCGGCAGCUAUGGUCGGACUUAUUAUCAAUUAUUCUACAUUCAAAGUUUGCCAAUGGCAACAGAACAACUAUAUAGUUGCUUUCUUCAUUUUCAUCGGGUUUGUUGCAGCUGCAUUCGUAAACGCGUUGUGGUUUCGCUUUACCUACAACGAAGAAAAAAAAUUUGAAGAUAUCGGAAAAGUUGCGCCAAUCCUUCUAAGCCUUCGCCACCCUUCAUUCCUUAUAGCGACCUUGUACACAGGUUUCUGUUACGGAAUACUGGUUCAUUUUGUUAACUGGUAUAUUGAUGAUCUGGGGGGCUCUAGUUCUAUCAUGGGGGCUGCAGGGGCUACAAGAGAAAUAGCCGCUUUAAUCAUGUUUGGCGUGAGUGCUACAACUCUGCAAGCCCUUGGCAAUGUGAACACAAUGGUAUUCUGUCUAUUAGCUUACAUCAUCUGCUUUAUUUGUUACUCUAUUCUUGAGAAUCCUUGGAUGGCUGUAGCGCUAGAACUGCUGGAUGGAGGAACUUAUGGUUUAGUUUGGUCCAAUUGCGUCCAUUACAUGAGCGAAGUUGGAACAAAGCUGGGUGUUGUGGAUACCACACAAGGAAUCCUUCAAGGAAUAUUCUGGGGACUGGGUAAUGGUGGUGGUACUAUGAUCAGCGGUGUGUUGAUUGAGUCUUUCGGCACUACAAACACGUUUCGUGCAUUUGCCUUAGGUGGUACUGUAGUGCUUGGUAUUCUUAUUCUUGCACAGUAUACAGCUAGUCUUCUUGAGCGGAGAGUAAACAAAAGUAAACAGUACGAGUUACUAUCUGAGUCAGAGAACGAUGGGUCAAAGAGUGAGGAACAAGAGCUGUCCAAAACCACUCAAUGACAACAACCGAACAUGGUCUAUAAAGAUCCUCCGAUCUUUAUUUAUUAAUGAAAGAAAGAACUCUGUGUGAAAAGCAUGAUAGGUACACACCCUUGGUGUACCAGUGGGGGCCUGGGUAGGGGGAAUCAGUAGUAUGAGUUGAAAGCGAUACACACGACUUCAAUUGAAGGAAAAAUAUAUAUUUGAAGGCCAUAUCCGACUACACUGAAUGUUUCAUUUCUUCUAUUUUCUUUCUAUUAUUCUGGAGAAACUUUCUUGCGGAACUCCCAUUAUGUGAAAAUUUAAUUCGACCGGAUAUUACUUAUUUCAAAUCCUUAUCGGAAUUUUAACCUGUUUUCUUUGUGAAUAAUUUCGGCAUAGAAACUCACGUAAGGUUGUAAAAUGCCCAGAGAAAUAAUUUCUUACAAAAGUAGGUUAGUGAACAGGGCAGCACAGAAUCCAAUUGGUAAAAUAAAUUGCACUGGCGCCAUCAUGUACCGUGAGAAACAACUGGUGUGAAAUAAUAGGAAUCGCUAUUAGUAAAUAAAAAAAUUGGGGUCUUGA